CGCGAUCAUCCCCGCGCGCGGCGUGGAUCGCGGCCGGAGCCGCCAUUGUUCCGCCCGGGGAGGACAGCCGGGCCUGGCGCUGGCGCGGAGACGCCGCUUAGCGGCGGCCGCUGGAGACACUCCCUCCCGCCUGCCCCCCUCCUUCUGGCAGCAGCGGAGUGAGGCUGACUAGGGGGAACCUGGGAGCCCCCUCUCCCCUCCCCGCGGCGACAGCGGCCUAUCCCCGGCUCUGGCGCGAGGGGCGGCCGUGAUGCGCUCGGCCUGAGGCUGCCGGCCCAGCCCCUCCUUGCUUCCCUUGACUAGUCCACGGCGUCUCCGCGCCCCAGCGUCAUCCUGCGAGUACCCGUGACAGGAGGGAAGAUGGCUGCACGGAGCUGGCAGGAUGAGCUGGCCCAGCAGGCCGAGGAGGGCUCGGCCCGGCUGCGGGAAAUGCUCUCGGUUGGCCUAGGCUUUCUGCGUACCGAGCUGGGCCUCGACCUAGGGCUGGAGCCGAAGCGGUACCCGGGCUGGGUGAUCCUGGUGGGCACGGGCGCUCUCGGGCUGCUCCUGCUGGUACUGCUGGGCUACGGUUGGGCCGCGGCUUGCGCCGGCGCCCGCAAGAAACGAAGGAGCCCGCCCCGCAAACGGGAGGAGGCGACAGCCGCGCCGGCCGUGGCUCCUGACGACCUGGCCUUGCUGAAGAACCUCAGAAGCGAGGAGCAGAAGAAGAAGAACCGGAAGAAACUGCCUGAGAAACCCAAACCGAACGGACAGACUGUCGAAGUGGCUGAGGGUGAAGUUGUCCGAGCUACUCAAAGUGUAACAGCAAAGCAGCCACCAGAGAUAGACAAGAAAAAUGAAAAGUCAAAGAAAAAUAAGAAGAAAUCAAAGUCAGAUGCUAAAGCAGUGCAAAACAGUUCACGCCAUGAUGGAAAGGAAGUUGAUGAAGGAGCCUGGGAAACUAAAAUUAGUCACAGAGAGAAACGACAACAGCGUAAACGUGAUAAGGUGCUGACUGAUUCUGGUUCAUUGGAUUCAACUAUCCCUGGGAUAGAAAAUACCAUCACAGUUACCACCGAGCAACUUACAACUGCAUCAUUUCCUGUUGGUUCCAAGAAGAAUAAAGGUGAUUCUCAUCUAAAUGUUCAAGUUAGCAACUUUAAGUCUGGAAAAGGAGAUUCUACACUUCAGGUUUCUUCAGGAUUGAAUGAAAACCUCACUGUCAAUGGAGGAGGCUGGAAUGAAAAGUCCAUAAAACUCUCCUCACAGAUCAAUGCAGGUGAGGAGAAGUGGAACUCUGUUUCACCUGCUUCUGCAGGCAAGAGGAAAGCCGAGCCAUCUGCUUGGAGUCAAGACACUGGAGACGCUAAUGCCAAUGGAAAAGACUGGGGAAGGAGCUGGAGUGAUCGUUCAAUCUUUUCUGGCAUUGCUGCUUGGUCUAGUGUGGAUAGGGGAAUGAAUACCUCUGAACAGAAUUCUGCUUCUUUUGCAUCUCUCACACUUAACUCUGCUGUUUCUGGGUCUACUGCUGAGCCCGUUUCUCAGUCUACCACUUCUGAUUAUCAGUGGGAUGUUAGCCGUAAUCAACCCUAUAUCGAUGAUGAAUGGUCUGGGUUAAAUGGUCUGUCUUCUGCUGAUCCCAGCUCUGACUGGAAUGCACCAGCAGAAGAGUGGGGCAAUUGGGUAGAUGAAGAAAGAGCUUCACUUCUAAAGUCCCAGGAACCAAUUCCUGAUGAUCAAAAGGUUUCAGAUGAUGAUAAAGAAAAGGGAGAGGGAGCACUUGCAAGUGGGAAGUCUAAAAAGAAAAAAAAGAAAAAGAAGAAGCAAGGUGAAGAUAACUCUCUCGCACAGGACACAGAAGAAUUGGAAAAAGAGACUAAUAAAGAAGAGCUUCCAGUAAAUACCUCUAAAGCCCGUCCAAAACAGGAAAAAGCUUUUUCCUCAAAGACCAUAAGCACUAGUGAUCCAGCCGAAGUACUCAUCAAAAAUAGCCAGCCUGUCAAGACUCUUCCACCUGCUGUUUCUACCGAGCCAUCUGUUAUCUUAUCAAAAAGUGAUUCUGAGAAGAGCUCUUCCCAAGUGCCACCGAUGCUACAAGAGACAGAUAAAUCCAAGUCAAAUACCAAGCAAAAUAGUGUGCCUCCUUCACAGACCAAGUCUGAAACUAGCUGGGAAUCUCCCAAACAAAUAAAAAAGAAGAAAAAAGCCAGACGAGAAACGUGAAUUUUUUUCCUGAAUUGGACAUGUGUUUGCAAACACUGUCUUGAAGAUUAUGCUGUUUAUGCAAUAAUUUGUGAACAUGUACAGAGUUUUAUAUAAAUUUAAACCGAUUUUUAGAACAAAACUGUGAACACAACCACCAUAAAAAUGGAAUCAAAGGAAAGUUAAUUUAUGAAAUUAAGAGGUCAGCAGAAUAUACAACAGUGCUGGAAGACACUUGGGAAAGUCUUUUUAAUUGAACAAGAACGAUCUUAAUUUAAGAAUACUAUCCUGGUUUUACAACAGUGCCCUGUUUACAACAGAUUGUGCCCUAUCUCAUCUGCAGCUGAGGAAUAAAGGAUUCUGAUUAGAAAGAGAGUUGCCUACAGAUUAGCAGGCAGCUCCUUGGAUCUUAUGCACAGAACUUGUAACCAUUUAAAUCUGUUUUAUGCUUAAAUCAAAGUGCUUUGAUCAAAUGCAUAAUCUGCCAUAUCUUUACAUAUUUGUUGGUAGCAAUUUGUAUUAAAGGAAUCACAAGUGCAAAUAAAAAGUCAUUUAUCAUUUGUUUAACUAAACUGUCAUGGUUUAGUUUAUAAUUUUUAAAAAGUUCUUAAUUAAAAUAUUGAAAAUACAGUUGACACUUGCUUAUGAAGUUAUUUUUGAUAGUCUUACAUUACUUGAAUUGUUCAAAGUACAGUAUAUUUUAAAUUAAGAAAAGUAAAAUUAUAUGUAUUUGUUUCAUACAUUGAAGGUUCAGAGUCACAAAUAAUGCUCUUGUUUAUGAUUUGAAAACUUUAAGGCAAAAUCCAACUUACAUUAUUCUUUUCCCUAGCAAUUUUUUUCCAGUGUCAGGGCUCCUUAGUUACUAAUACUUUUUGACUUUAAAAAUGAAAUCAUUCACAAACUUUUAAGUAUAUGAUGGAAAAUGGGGAAUUAGAGUCAGACAGCUUUAAUUGACAUUGUCAAGACCUCCAGUUAUCAGGAAUACAUUUUUUUACUGCCUUAACCUGUAGUACGUAGAAUAUGCAUCAAUUUCUUGAAGGGGAUUCGUGUUUUUAUAAGAAUUUUCAUGUAAUUAUUGCAAUUGUGGUCAAAUAAGGAACGUUUCCUGCUUGAAACUAUAUUGAUUUAAAUGAUGUGUGAGAUGUUUCACCAUUUUCAGGCACUGUGUAAUUCUAUUGUAAUAAACUGGCAGGUAUCUUUGUAACUAUAAAUAGUGCAUGCUCAGCCAUGUACACUGUAAAUAGCCUUUACCAAACGUGUUUGACAAGGACCAUAAUUAACAUCACUUAGUGAAUUGUGAUAAAAAAAAAAAAAAGCCAUGAUUUAUUUGAUGUGAUUGGCUUGUUUUUAUGUGGCGCCAAGAAUGAAACUGUUUAACAGCUGUAACCAAUGGUACGUACGUACUGAUCUAUCCAUCCAAUGUUGUCUUUAUUAUAUUUGGUUGUGGUUUGAUAGUAUUGCAUUGUCUGACUAGGAAAGCUAAAGAAACAAAAUGGUUUUAGUUUUGCUGAAGACUGGCCUUAUUAAUGGACAGCUUUCCUAACAAGCUACUAUUAACUUUUACCAGGUGUUAACAUCUGUUUCAGGAACAUGGCAGUAUGUUUACAUGUCAGAAGUUUUGUUUAAUUCUAUGGUAUUUCUAAAUUGAUUUGUUUAAAUAAAUUCAGCAAAUGGA